CCCCUCCCCCCUCCCUUUCUCUCUCAAAGCAAAGCUCACACUAAGAGUCGGUCCCCAGCAAAGCCCUAGAAACAUUUUGUGAAAGGAGCUUGAUUCUUUAAAAAGAUUCAAGUGUUCCACUCUGAGUCUGUUUCCCCUUCAAAUCGUCAUCAUCUCCUUAAUAAUGUAUACAGCUAAUAUAAAAAUUAUUCACAAAUAAGCCUUAAAUCUCUCUGAGCACUAGCGAGCUAAUUAUCGUGAGAAGCUACAUACUGUAUUGAAAUUUAUUCGUUCUGUUGUCGCAUUGUGCUUGGAUACAAAAGUGAAAAUUGUUAAAAGUUUCUUAUCAAAAAUGAAGCAUCAACUUCUGCUUUUUGUUGCUUUACUUGCUGUUACUAAUUGCCAACGUAUAUCCUUGAUUGGAUCCCACUUCAUCCCCAUCGAAUCAAAAUACAAAGCUUUUCUAUCUACAAAUAAGCUAGAAUCUGGUUCAAGUGUCAAUGUGACGCUGUAUAAUAAAGAAUAUUCAAGAAGUGUUUAUUUUGAUAGCUUUGAUGAAAACUGGUUUGAGCCUAUUGAGUUUAAGCUUCCAAAAGUAAGAUCAUCAGAUUACUUCCUAAAAAUUGAAUCAAAUUCAGACAACAAGUGCUUCCAUCAGUCAGUAAAGAUCAAGAACCUCAAGGAUAAUCCAAUAACAUUAAUCUAUCUUGAUAAGCCGAUCUACAAGCCUGGAGAUACUUUGACAUUCCGAGUCUUUCUUCUUGGACAAGAUUUGCUGCCAUUUUCCGGGAAUCUAAAAGUCGAUGUUAGAUUUUAUGACUCAAAAAGUGUUUCUAUUCAGAAUUUUACGGAUGUUCUGACAACAAAUUUUGGAUUUGCUGAAAAAUCUUUCAAAAUUCCGGAAACUAAAACUUAUGGAGACUGGAAGAUUGAGGUACAAGCGAAUAGCCGCAAAAUAUCAAAAACGUUCAAAGUUCAGCGAGAAAAUGAAGCAAAUUUUAAUGUUUUUUUGAACAUGUCAGACACCAUCGCUUAUGUGGAUGGGAAGUUUUUGAUGACAAUCCUUACCAGAGCUGAAAAUGACAAAGUUUUUGAAGGAACUGCCAAAAUAUCUGUCAAAGCAAAAACUUGGGGAUCAAAUCAAUAUGAAAUCAAUAGAAUUGUCAAGACUGUGAAUCUUUUGGGCAACAAAAAUGACAUUUUGCUUAAAAUUCAAGAUGAUCUUGGAAUUAUUACUUCUGGCGACGACGUGGACCUUACAUUUCUUGUUGAAGUAACUGAAAACUCUUCCCAAAACACAAUGAAAAUCAAAAAAGAAGUUCAAAUGAAACAAAAAGGCAGAAGCGUCAUUCAAGUUGUUCGAAAAACAUAUUUUAAGCCUGGCUUCAUAUUCCCAAUCAAGGUUCGAGUUAAAAUUAUGAAUGGCCAGCCAGACAAUUCAUUAAAUCAACUUAAAAUGACUGUCGAAUACAAAACUAGCGAUGGAAUCACAAAGACAAAGAAAGAUUCAGUAUUUAAUCUUGAGAAUGGUGAAAUAUCAGCGACUUUGACUCCAGCAGCUGAUACACAUUGUAUUAGGAUAUUCUUGGAGAUUGGAGGGUCAACUUUGGUUGAAAAUGUUCAAAAGUUUACAACUUAUUUGAUUAAUGAGUUCAUGCAAGUUAGCUUUGUUAAUAAAAGCUCUAAAGUCGGCGACACCAUCCAACUUCAAGCACAAACUACUGGCGAACUAGAAACCCUUAAUUUACUGGUUUUUGGAACAAAUGGUUUAAUUUACAGCGAAGAAUUUCCUGAAGCUAUUGGCAAAGACAUUUAUAACUUUAACUUUCAGCUGUCUGAAGAGAUGAAGCCUGAAAUCCGUGGACUUGUGUUUUAUAUUCGACCGAGUGACGGCAUAAUGGUUUAUGAUGAAUUUAUUUUAAGGCUUGGAUUUUCGAUUAAUAAUUUUCUUGAAAUAUCAGCACCUGCUCAUGCAAAGCCAAACGAAGAAAUCGAAGUGACAAUUAAAAGUGAACGUGAUUCCUUCAUCUUAUUAACUGGAAUCGAUCAAAAUGCAGAGCUUUUUAACUACGACAACGAAAUAUCCCGAAAUGAUGUCUACAAUGAGUUGACUUAUUACCAAAACUUUACAAUUCCCAACGUCCAUGAGUAUAAAUUUGAAAAAGUCAACAGCUAUGUGCUUGAGCCUCUCCAAAAAGGUACCAAAUGUGGAAAACGACAACCACAGAUUCCAUCAAAUUCUGACUUUAAUGAUGUUAAAGCUUGGACACAAAAAUAUUUUCCAAAUGUCUGGUUUGAUAAAGUUUUUGUGAUGGAAAGUGGAACUAAAACGUUAAAAAUUAAAGUGCCAAAUGAAGUCAAGACUUGGAGGAUUUAUGGAGUUACUGUUCAUCAAUCCAAAGGAUUUACAGUCGCAAAGAUGCAGCCAGAAGUUGUUGUUCGAGGUGAUUUUGCUGUCAACAUCAAAGCACCAUCUACAGUUAAGGAAGGUGAAGUCUUUCAAGUCGACUUAAGUGCUUACAGCUUUGCAGCUGGCAACAUUCAUCCAACAAUUAAUAUCGAAGUCGAAAAUGGAUAUUUUGUCAAUAAACUGACACAAGAAGAUUCAGGAAAGGUUUGCCAUUAUUUUGAAACAAGUUCUCGAUCAUAUUUUGAGUUUUCUAAGCAAUUGAGUUCCGAAAAAAUGACUCAAAUUGAAAGAUUUUACGUUAAAUCAAAUUGGAACGAUGAAAUUAAAAUAAAAGCAAAAUCAUGGUUAAGUGGAACUUCAUAUGAGUCAGUUAAGAUGAUCAAAGUUAAUAGAAUCGAACAGGAAUCGACGAAUAAUUUCAAAAUUAAUAUCGCAGUCGAAACUGUAUCGAAUGAUGAAGCUAAUAUUGUGAUUAGAACUGAGAUGGAGUCACACACUGAAUCAAGUUUGGUUAUGGAAGUGGAAUUGCCUACUGGAUACAGAUAUGUUAGUCAUGGAGUUGCAUAUCAUAUUGAGACCGCAAUCAAUUAUCCUCGUCAAAAUAUGUUAAAAUUUAUAUUGCACCGAAUGGACACUUACACAGUUUAUAAGAACACAAUCAGAAUUUCAAGAGUUCUCAACGUCUACGAACAUACAAAGUCAAUGAUAAAGAUUUAUGAUGCAAAUAGACCUGAUCAACAAAACCUUUUUUCGUACAUUUAUGAUGUCAAUUUAAAAAUGUGUCAGGCAGUUGCUGAGGCUAGAAAGUGCACUUUUCUUAAAUUUUGGAAAUGUUUUGGAUGAGAAAAAUUAUUUUAUUGUGAAUUUUACGAUUCUUGUUAAAAUAUAAACCUUAAAGACAAUUUUAACAUAAAGGUUUAGACUUGAAGCUAUAAAAUUCGAUUGCAAUG